GAUACUGCCCGGGUGCCCAAACCGAAGCAGGUGGUUUUCUUAGGGGACCACACCCCGAGCCUUUGACCUAAAGGUCUGAUCCACAAGGCAGUGGAGCAUCGUGAAGAGAUGCAGUCCCAUGGUUGCCGUUGACCAACAGCAGGUUCUUCCGCCAUUCGUUCCAUCAGGAUACUGGAGCCCAUGUGCACCAUUGGUUUGGAAUCAGGGUUUUCCAACUCCCCUAGGUGGACCCUCCGUGUCCACCAAUCCGGUUAUAGCGCCGGACAUUCGCUUUUCGUCCUCUCACUUUCGUAAACAACACCCCCGCCACGAGAAGGCAGUGAGUAGGACUUCCCUGGCAGAGGCUAUAUAUUCGCUGGCCAUGUGAGAGCAUUUCGAGAGGGAAAGUAGACUCUCCCCACUCUCGGCCGUACCAGGGCAUUUGGGGGCUCAAAAUUGUUUGCAAUGGCGAAGGUGCAUCCACUUUUUGUGUUCUCCCAAAUUCUAAUCUUCUGAAUUCUUCAUGUCCGUAUCCUUUUUCUCUUUCCUAAUUUAUUUCGCCGUAUUAUACUCCUUUAAUAACAUAUUCAAUCCCUUAUCUUUCACAUAAUACUUAUACUCUUACGACUUCUACCACUAUGGAAUUUGAAUCGACAACUUCAUCUCUGUGCUAAUGUGGUAUGGCAACUCGAACUGAUGUACGUACGUACGAAGUUCUACGUUGUAACUGACUGACUGAGUCACUGAGUUGACCAUUUCCACUACUCCAGUUCAUGUCCAUUUCUUCUCGUCUCUUGUCUUUCGCUUACAUUAUAGAACGUCUUAAAUAUAUGUUUCUCAAUUAAUUUCGCAUUCGGUCUUCGUUGUUAUUAAAGGAAUACUUCGACAAAACGUAUAUACAAAGCAAAUUGGCUAUGUUUCACCAACAUCAAUAUUGUUCGAUCACAUGUACUCAGAUUGCUGGCCUACAAAACUACCUUGCUGAGGAUUACUGUGACCAACAGUUGUGAACGUUGGAUGACAUGGCUCAGAAUCGUUCUCACUGGCGUAGAUUCAUUCAUCACCUUGUCUUCAUUUAAGUCCUAAUCUUCGAUAUUAGUUGAUAAAUUUUAUUUCUCGAAUUCGUCCUAUCCUUUUAAACCGUAUUCCUUAAUGCUUGCCUGUUCCCAAUACCACUAGUAUUACAAUUAUUUUGGCUCCUUUGCUAUUUAUCUUGUUAAUUUAAUCCUGCUUUAGUGAUACGGAAUGACAACACAUUUAUGUCAAACUGUAUGUUGAUUAUGAAUGGUUGACUAAAUGACGCUUCGAAAUAACUCCUAAUAAAUUUUUAUCUACUUUCUUGUUACUUCUUAUUUCCAGAUUCGAACGUGAGGAAAUUUACCAUACCAUCCACAUAAAGAAGGUUGAUAGGGAAAAUUCUCAUUUGGUAUCUGUUACUUUUUUCUUCUUAAAACCUGUGUGAUUGAGACGUAAUGUAGCUUUUAUAGUUGAUGUUUUUCAUGAAAUAUCCAAAAAUCUAGUUUAAAGGUAUUCACUUAUGUGACAUCCUUCUACCUAUUCGCAACUUGUAUGAGCUUGGUGCCAUCUGGAGUUGUGUUGGAUAUUAAUUAUUAAAUUUUUUCAGUAUUACGAUAAUGAAAUAUCAAUAACCUAGAGCAUAUAAUUCUUACUUGGGAUUUAAAACUCUUGAUUGUAACAGUUCACGUGAGUAACAAUGAUUUGGUCUUGGAAUUCGAUUGCGAAAUUACUUGUCCCUUGUGAAGUUCUACUUGCUACUAAACUAAUUUUUUGUUUAUUAUCAUUUCCAAAGUGUCUUUUUUCUUACAGUGUCACUUUGUCUUUUGUGAUUGGAUGCAUAUUUUCAUCUCCAAUAACAGUAUUUUCAUUUUUCCUUGUAAUGAAUUGGUUAUCUUAUUACUUUUACUUAUUAGUUUUUAUAACCAUUUCUAGUCGAUCAAUCUACUCAGAUAUUUGUAAGUUAAUUUACUUGGGAAUAACUUGUAAAGUCCCGUUUACAUUGAGUAACAUCGAGUUGUUUAUUUAUAUAUAUACAAGUACGCUUUACUUUUUGGGGUUGUUAAGUGAAAAAGAAUCCGUUUUCGGAGUUAUUUGUUGCUUUUUGAUUUUCUUUUCUCUGUGUCUCUAUCGUUGCGUCCUUUCCUGGAAGGUAUUACGUUUGUCCAACAACCAUUUUCUACGCCUUUUGUUAGAUGCACGUCUGCCCGCAUGCUUAUCUUUGUACGGUUUGUAUAUUACUUGGCUUCUCAGUGUAUGUUUUUAUCUAGGUUCACAUAUUUUUACAAGAACGUUCAUUUCUGUUCCUAAUACUAUCCUUUGUACUGGUAUUUUUCUCCUACAUGUCCAUGUUAGUUUGAUCUUGGCUUCUAUUAAGCUUUCAAUCUUACCCGUCAAAAGUUGCAAUUUGUACAGAGUGAUUUCUACUUCAUUUUUAUCUAUGGAAGUAGUUAGUUUUCUUCUUAUUUUAUCUUAUUCUGCGUGGAAAUUCUAUCUAAGCGAGUCAUCUCUUAUGCACCUAGGAUACGCUGAAAUAUCGAGUCAUGUCAUUUUCCUAACUGUUAUAUUUUGUAUUCUAUAUGUCUAUGAAAAUUUGUUGCCGUCAUUAAAGUUGGAAUUAUUUUCUAUGGACAGAAUUACUAUUUUACCUUCUGAUUCUUGUAGUCUGUGCACUUUACCAUUGUUUCAACCUAGUAUCUUGACAUCAGAUGUUACUCUCAACUUCAGUGGCGAAUGCCAGCACUUAAUGCAUAUGUCAUGUGCACAAAUUUCGGAAUCGAUCUCAUUUCCUUGCUUGCGAUGUUCUGCUGAAUCUUUCAUCUGUGUACAGGAUACCAAUAAUAAUUCGGUGAUUUUCAAUGAAUUACACUCUAGCUAUGCUAACUCUGAAGUAUCUAAUACUUCAAAUUCACUAGAAGAAUCUUCAUCAAGCUCUUCCAUUUAUGAUGAUAAAGAUGUAGAUUUAAGCGUUUACUUAAAUUCGGAUCAAUUCAAUAAAAGCAAUAUAAGCCGAACAUUACGCAGACUGGAUGGAUCCAGUUCUUCUUUGUUUUCUGUUGAUGACGAUGUUGACAACGACGUUUUAUCAACAGAUAGUGCUGAAUGGAAUUAUGAUAAUCCUAGUUACGAAUCAGAUAUAAGCAGCUUUUGAAAACAAAACAUAAUAUUCAGCAUUAUCCACUUAUUUAUUGGCUUUUAAAACUAAUAUUUUUACAUCAUUUUUUUCUGGGAAACAAGAUGAUAUCACACCUAAUCUUUGCAUUUGUACUUGCUAAGAAACGUUUAUACUAUAUUUUACAAACCAUCAUAUUUCUACUUACAAAUUUGUAUUAUGACUACUUUCCUCUUUUUCAUGUUUGACAACAUCUAUUACAAAAUAAUUCAACUAUCAUGUGAUUGAUAUAACUGAAAAGGUUUUCGGUUUUCACUUAUUCUUGUUACGAUCAUACCACAAGAACACUAACUACGGGUUAAUAUCACCAGUAAGAUCAAUAGAAGAUCAAAUUAAAUCACGAUACUAGAUUGCGUGAACUUCUAUACACGAAGUCAGACAAUGGUCCAAAGCUCCACAGCUUGCAGACUCAAGAAACCUGCAGCAUGAAAUCGGAACAGAAAUACAAGGGAAUCCAUCUUUUUCAUAUAACCACAGUCGAGACAUAUCUAUCCUCGCCCAGUAACCAGUCACGGCUCACUACUGCACAACCCGUUAAUGAUAUACAUAUUUAGUCUACUGUGGAAGAAAAGUGGGUCUAGAUCACAUUCAUCGUUGACAAUUUUUGCGACCGACUCAUUUUCUCUCAAGACGAUACUCUCAUCGUAAACGUAUUUAAGCUCAAACAUUAUAAGCAGAGAUGGAU